GAGUUUCCGUACUCCUUUGGUACUUAAGUACGCAGCGGGAGCCGCGGUUGCCGUCGCCCCCGGAGUGCAGGAGGCGGGAUUUGGCCGCUUGCCUCAGGGAGGAAGGGAGCGAGCGAGAGGCCAGAGCAGGACCGUCUGGCUCCCGAGAAAGGCCCUCGCCGGACUUCCCGCCCCCCCCACCCCCUCCCCGCCGCCCAUGAGACCGGCCCCUCGCGAGCCGCGCUGUCGUUAGGCGGGCCGCGCCGCUUUCUCUGCUCCUCCUGGGACAGGCCCGCGCUCCGCCGGGGAGGGGGCAGCCCUUGGAGGCGCCUCCCUCGUCACCGCCGCCGCAGCCCCGGGAGCGGGAGCGGGCCGGGCCGCGAGCCCCGGAGCUAGGGGGGGAGGAAGAGGAGGAGGAGGAGGAGGAAGGAGUCUCGGCAUCGGCGGGCCGCGCGGACCGAAGCCGUCAACAUGGCGAGCGCCUCGUACCACAUCUCCAAUCUGCUGGAGAAGAUGACAUCCAGCGACAAGGACUUCAGGUUUAUGGCAACAAAUGAUUUGAUGACAGAACUACAGAAAGAUUCCAUUAAGUUGGAUGAUGAUAGUGAAAGAAAAGUAGUGAAAAUGAUUUUAAAAUUGCUGGAAGAUAAAAAUGGAGAGGUACAAAACUUAGCUGUCAAAUGUCUUGGCCCUUUGGUGAGUAAAGUGAAAGAAUACCAAGUGGAGACAAUUGUAGAUACUCUGUGUACUAAUAUGCUCUCUGAUAAAGAACAACUACGAGAUAUAUCAAGCAUUGGCCUUAAAACAGUAAUUGGAGAACUUCCUCCUGCUUCCAGUGGCUCUGCGUUAGCAGCUAAUGUUUGUAAAAAGAUCACAGGACGUCUUACAAGUGCUAUAGCGAAGCAGGAAGAUGUCUCUGUUCAAUUAGAAGCCUUGGAUAUUAUGGCUGAUAUGUUGAGCAGGCAAGGAGGACUUCUUGUUAAUUUCCAUCCUUCAAUUUUGACCUGUCUGCUCCCCCAGUUGACCAGCCCCAGACUUGCAGUGAGAAAAAGAACUAUUAUUGCUCUUGGUCACCUGGUUAUGAGCUGUGGAAAUAUAGUUUUUGUUGAUCUCAUUGAGCAUCUGUUAUCAGAACUGUCAAAAAAUGAUUCCAUGUCAACAACAAGGACCUACAUACAAUGUAUUGCUGCUAUUAGUAGGCAAGCAGGUCAUAGAAUAGGUGAAUACCUCGAGAAGAUAAUUCCCUUGGUAGUAAAAUUUUGUAAUGUAGAUGACGAUGAAUUAAGAGAGUAUUGCAUUCAAGCCUUUGAAUCGUUUGUGAGAAGAUGUCCUAAGGAAGUUUAUCCCCAUGUUUCAACAAUUAUAAAUAUUUGUCUUAAAUAUCUUACCUAUGAUCCCAAUUAUAAUUAUGAUGAUGAAGAUGAAGAUGAAAAUGCUAUGGAUGCAGAUGGCUGUGAUGAUGAUGAUCAAGGGAGUGAUGAUGAAUACAGUGAUGAUGAUGACAUGAGUUGGAAAGUGAGACGUGCAGGAGCUAAAUGCUUAGAUGCUGUAGUUAGCACACGGCAUGAAAUGCUUCCAGAAUUCUACAAGACUGUGUCUCCAGCCUUGAUAGCCAGGUUUAAAGAACGUGAAGAGAAUGUAAAAGCAGAUGUGUUCCAUGCAUAUCUUUCCCUUUUGAAGCAAACACGUCCUGUGCAGAGUUGGCUUUGUGAUCCUGAUGCAAUGGAACAAGGAGAGACACCUUUGACAAUGCUUCAAAGUCAGGUUCCCAACAUUGUUAAAGCUCUUCACAAACAGAUGAAGGAGAAAAGUGUGAAGACUCGACAGUGUUGUUUUAACAUGUUAACUGAGCUGGUAAAUGUAUUACCUGGGGCCCUCACACAGCACAUUCCUGUACUUGUACCAGGGAUCAUUUUCUCACUGAAUGACAAAUCCAGCUCAUCUAAUCUGAAGAUAGAUGCUUUGUCAUGCCUGUAUGUAAUCCUCUGUAACCAUUCUCCUCAAGUCUUCCAUCCUCAUGUUCAGGCAUUGGUUCCUCCAGUGGUGGCUUGUGUUGGUGAUCCAUUCUACAAGAUCACAUCUGAAGCACUUCUUGUUACCCAGCAGCUUGUCAAAGUUAUUCGUCCUUUAGAUCAACCUUCUUCAUUUGAUGCAACUCCCUACAUUAAAGAUUUAUUUACCUGUACCAUCAAACGGUUAAAAGCAGCUGACAUUGAUCAGGAAGUCAAAGAGAGGGCUAUCUCCUGUAUGGGACAAAUCAUUUGCAGUCUUGGAGACAAUCUAGGUAGUGAUCUGCCUAGUACACUUCAGAUUUUCUUGGAGAGACUAAAGAAUGAAAUUACCCGGUUAACAACAGUGAAAGCUUUGACACUGAUUGCUGGGUCCCCCUUGAAGAUAGAUUUAAGACCUGUGCUUGGAGAAGGGGUACCUAUUCUUGCCUCUUUUCUUAGGAAAAACCAGCGAGCUUUGAAACUGGGUACCCUUUCAGCUUUAGACAUCCUAAUUAAAAACUAUAGUGACAGCUUGACAGCUGCCAUGAUUGAUGCUGUUCUGGAUGAGCUUCCACCUCUUAUCAGUGAAAGUGAUAUGCAUGUAUCACAGAUGGCUAUCAGCUUUCUGACUACACUUGCUAAAGUGUACCCCUCUUCCCUUUCAAAGAUAAGCGGGUCCAUACUCAAUGAACUUAUCGGGCUUGUGAGAUCACCUUUGCUGCAGGGAGGAGCACUAAGCGCCAUGUUAGAAUUUUUCCAAGCUUUGGUUGUAACUGGAACAAAUAAUUUAGGGUACAUGGAUUUAUUACGCAUGUUGACAGGCCCAGUUUAUGCUCAAAGCACAGCACUUACUCACAAGCAGUCUUAUUAUUCCAUUGCCAAAUGUGUAGCUGCCCUUACUCGAGCAUGUCCUAAAGAGGGACCAGCUGUAGUAGGUCAAUUUAUUCAAGACGUCAAGAACUCAAGGUCAACUGAUUCCAUUCGUCUCUUAGCUCUACUUUCUCUUGGAGAAGUUGGACAUCACAUUGACUUAAGUGGGCAACUUGAACUUAAAUCUGUAAUAUUAGAAGCCUUUUCAUCUCCUAGUGAAGAAGUCAAAUCAGCAGCAUCCUAUGCAUUAGGUAGCAUUAGUGUUGGCAAUCUUCCUGAAUAUCUACCAUUUGUCUUACAAGAAAUAACCAGUCAGCCUAAGAGGCAGUAUCUUCUACUUCAUUCCUUGAAGGAAAUUAUUAGCUCUGCAUCAGUGGUGGGCCUUAAACCUUAUGUUGAGAACAUCUGGACCUUACUGCUGAAACACUGUGAGUGUGCAGAAGAAGGAACCAGAAAUGUUGUUGCUGAAUGCUUGGGUAAACUCACUUUAAUUGAUCCAGAAACUCUGCUUCCACGGCUUAAAGGGUACUUGGUAUCAGGCUCAUCUUAUGCCCGAAGUUCAGUGGUUACUGCUGUGAAGUUUACUAUUUCUGACCAUCCACAACCCAUAGAUCCAUUACUAAAGAAUUGCAUAGGUGACUUCUUAAAAACUUUAGAAGACCCUGACUUGAAUGUAAGACGGGUAGCCCUGGUAACAUUUAAUUCAGCAGCACAUAAUAAACCAUCCUUAAUAAGGGAUCUUUUAGAUACUGUUCUUCCACAUCUUUACAAUGAGACAAAAGUUAGAAAGGAACUUAUAAGAGAGGUAGAAAUGGGACCAUUUAAGCAUACCGUUGAUGAUGGCCUGGAUAUAAGAAAGGCAGCUUUUGAGUGUAUGUAUACACUUCUAGACAGUUGUCUUGAUAGAUUAGAUAUCUUUGAAUUCCUAAACCACGUUGAAGAUGGUUUGAAGGACCAUUAUGAUAUUAAGAUGCUUACAUUUUUAAUGUUGGUAAGACUGUCUACCCUUUGUCCAAGUGCAGUACUGCAGAGAUUGGACCGACUUGUUGAGCCAUUACGUGCCACAUGUACAACUAAGGUAAAGGCAAACUCAGUGAAGCAGGAAUUUGAAAAACAAGAUGAGCUAAAGAGAUCUGCCAUGAGAGCGGUAGCAGCGCUUCUAACCAUUCCAGAAGCGGAGAAGAGUCCGCUAAUGAGUGAAUUCCAGUCACAAAUCAGCUCUAACCCAGAGCUGGCAGCCAUCUUUGAAAGUAUCCAGAAAGAUUCAUCAUCUACUAACUUGGAAUCAAUGGACACUAGUUAAAUGUUUGUUCAAUAUGGGGACCAUUACAUUGAACGAUGCACUGAAUUGACAGGUUAAUCAUAAGAAAUGGAAAGAGAAGUAUCUAAAACUUCACAAUGUUCCACUUUUAUUUUCUUUCAUGGAGACAGUUUGGCUUUCUUCCAUUGUUGCUUUUGUAGCUUUUAUUUCAAAAAUAUGUAUUUCCAUAAUCCAAAGGUUGUACAACUACUAAUGUUUUAGUGGUUUGAGCCACAUUUAAAAUGGAAAUAAAGUUAGAAUUUAUGGAGUAUGGAAUUAGGUUCCAGUAUCCAUUUGCCCUGUAAUGUUUAGGAUUAAAAUGUUAAAAUUUUGUGACCAUGAAUUUUCUUUCUUUUAUAACUCCUUCUUUUACUGUUUUAAAACAAAAUCAGAAAAGCCUCAAGACAAAUACCAUGUUUUUUGUAUAACUUUUAUUGUUUUUGUUUCAACAAUAUAAAUUUAUUUCUUUUGGCUGGCAGAUAAGAAUUUCUGUGUAAGAUUUAUUAUACCGCAGAAGGUUUUGGCAUUUUAGGGGGGAAAAAAUAAAACAAAAGAAGCUUUUUUUUUUUUUUUUUAAAGUAUGGGGAUUAACAAAUAACCCCUGUUGUACACACUAAUUUUGCAUGAGCAAGUUUACAAAUAUAUAUUGUCUGUAAAACAGCAUGUGCAGUUUAUUCAUAAUACAAGUUAAAUAAGUAUUGUAUCAGUGCAAUUUUCAGAUAUUUAUUUUUGCACAGACAAUUCUGGAGAGAGGAUUAAAUUGGUUUUCUUAACCAUUUUGAGAGAAAUUUCAGAUUUUUCAACAAAUCAAGUUCUUAUUCUCUUAAUCUUUUACCACUUUGCUCCCCCUCAACACUGUUUACUUUAUUAUUUUAAAUUUAAAUAUUUAAGUAUUCAGUUUUUUUCAUAAUCUGUUUUGUUUUCCCAUCUAGAAAUUCUUGAGCCAUAUUCUUCAUCUUUUUGGGUCUCUCUAUAUACAUUAAGAAAUUUUAUGGCAUGAACUUAUAGAAAUUUUAUUUUAAAGUAAUUUUGUAUCAGGUUACCAGGGCUUGUUAGCUAAUAGUUUGUUUGGGUUUUUUUCCUCCUUUAUGGAGUGUAAACUGUUUUUGGUAAGCAUUAAUUGCUUUUCCUCAAUAUAGGAUUUGUACUGGGGAAGAAAAAAUUCUUGUCUAUCAACUCCUUAGUUGACUAAUUUUAAACUCAUACUUAAGCAAUCUUCAUUUCACACUGUAGCCUCUUCCCUACAAUGUGUGGUGCUUGUAUAACAUAAAACUGACUUCUGAAAAUAAAUGGCAUCUCUUAAUGCUCUUCAAAUAUAGGAGUUUACAUCUACCGAAAGAGGCAGCCAUUAGAUUCACCAAAUGACCAGUUUUAAUGGGAAGCAAAGAUAUUUGAAAACUGCACCCUUUGUUUUUGAAACUGUGAAUUAGGAUUAUUUUUCCCUGCUGUGUAAUUUAACUGCUUUAAACAUCUGCAUAUGCAGUAGUAUUAAUUAACAGCACAUUGUAGUCAUUAGUUAUUAGCUUGAUGCUCUGAUUUGGGAUUUUCAGAUAAUGCACAACACAUUGCUCUUAUUAAGGAUGCAGACUAAUACAUUGCAGUGGAGUCUUAUGAAGUUGCUGCCAUUUCUAUAAAUGGCAGUUGAUAUUCUUAUAAUUUGCAUAGAUGUGUAAUUAGAAAUUUAUUUAGAGAUGUUAGUAUAUUAUGUACUAUGCAUUAUCAAGGUAUAGAUGUUGUGGAUAUAUUUAAGUAUUUGGUUUUCUGGUUUCACAAUAAAUUAUAAUACCGCAGGCUCUAGGACUGAAUAGGAGAUUGACAUGCAUGGAUUUUUGUGGAUAUCAUUGUUAAUUAGCUAAAGUUAAAUCCAAGCAUUUUCAUAUUAGAUUAUUCUUUAGGAUUUCUUUUUUUAAACUUUUGGAACACAUGUUCUCUUUUCUUGUGAGUCUUGCAGCCUGCUUUUUUCUGAUAUAUCUGGAAUUCUAUUUUUGAUUACCAGAGGGAAUGGUUAAUAUUGCACUGAAAUGACAGACACCCUUAUUCUCCCUACUCUUGCUUCCAAAUAUAAGUGCUAUAUCAGACUUCUGAUUUAACUUAGUAACUGGAGAGCUAGUAUUAUAUGGAAAAAAACAUUAGUUAAAGAUUCUAGGAUUGACCCUGCCACUAUUUUUCAUGUAACCAGGGGCACAUCACUUUAUUAUUACUGCCCUUUGGUUUCCUCAUUAUUAAAGUAAAUGGGAGUCUGGAAGAAUCUGCCAGAUCAUUGUUGUACAGUCAGUGCUGCGUUUCAUUUUUUAUUUCAGACAUCUGUGAUUCUUCCCUUGUGAGUACUUUUCCUUACAUUGAUUAUGACCUUUCUGUGACUCAAAAAUAUUUGUUUUCUUCAGUAGUGUCUUGCAGCGAAAAUAGCCAUCAGUUUGCAGCCAGCCUGAUGAUGAGCCUCUUGGAUUUAACAAUGCUAGUCUUUGGUCACAUAGCAUAUAUAUAGCCCAUCACUGAUCCUGUACUUGAAGCCUUUCCAUUUUGGUAUAAUGGUUACUAGAAUCUGUGCUCUGUGUUGAGAUAGACAGCCUCUGAAAAACCUGAAGUUACCUUUAGACCAUAAUGAGACAUUGAAUUGAAACUUAUAACAGUUCAUGUUUUUCAGAGUAUUUUGUGCAAACUUACAACACCUUUUAAUGAAUCCCGGGGCAUAUUCAGUUUUCAUCAUUUGAGAAAUUUUGUUGUAAUUACAAAGUCAUAGUUCGUAAUGAUUAACUAUUGCUGUUGCUUAGCUCCUCAAAGCAGGUAAUGAUUUGAAUGAAGAAGUGGCUGAAUCUAUUAAAAAGGGAGAUGUUCCCAUCUCUUUCUUCCUUGAAAUUACUGAUACUUUAUUGUUGGUUGUUUAAAAAGUUGUUAAUGCUGGUAGAGUAUUCAAGAGUUGACAAGCUUGUCCUAGCUUAACUUUUAUAAUAAAGUGAUAAUUAUAAUUACAUGAA